CUGAUAAACCUCAACCUCGGGAGCCCUACAGGGAUCCGUCCAAGUUCCGCUGAGGGAUAGGAAACGGUAAAACUUUAUAGCGUUGCCUUUUUCAAUUCCGAUAAUUAUUCGGUUGAGGCCGGAGAAUCCCCAACAAGCUCAACCCGUAACAUUUGUUCGUCAAGCUCCGAAUCGGGAUUCCGUUUUAACGAAAAGAGAAGGGGAAAAAAGCUCAAUUGAGCUUCACUUUUUCUUUCCUUUUUUUUUUUCUUUUUCUUUCUUUCUUUCUAAGAAGCUAAUAAUGGCAUCUUUCGCAACAGCCACCCGCCUAACAACACGGCUUAUAAGCCGACGGGUUGCCAAAGAUGCCGCAAGUCGAGGUUUUCGUACCUCCGCUGCGUCGCUUGCGGCGCAGAACUUCACCAUGCCGGCUCUAUCCCCCACUAUGACGGAAGGCAAUAUCGCCAACUGGAAGAUCAAGGAGGGCGAAUCAUUUUCUGCCGGUGACGUCCUGCUCGAGAUCGAAACGGACAAGGCGACCAUGGAUGUCGAAGCGCAAGAGGACGGGAUACUCGUAAAAAUUACUCAGGGAGAUGGAAGCAAGAGCGUACAGGUCGGCACUCGAAUUGGUGUCCUGGCAGAGGCAGGCGACGACAUCAACUCACUGGAGAUUCCCGCCGACGAACAACCUGCGCAGAAGGAAGCCAAGAAGGAGGAACCCGAGCGCAAGCAGGAGUCGCAGAGUGCCGCACCAGAGAAGAAGACUAGCGAACCGAAGAAGACUGGAGAGAAAGCACCGCCCCAGAAAUACCCUCUAUACCCAUCAGUCGAGCAUUUGAUAAAGGUGCACAAGCUGGAUGAAUCCGCCGUAGGCGAAAUAACGCCCACUGGUCCCGCUGGACGCUUGCUCAAGGGUGACGUCCUCGCAUAUAUCGGUAGCGCACCUUCUGCUAGACCUGGAGAGAUUAAGGCGCGGUUUGAUCAUAACUCGCACCUUGACCUCUCUAACGUUAAGAUUGCUGCUCCCAAGGAAGCCCCUAAGAAGGGGGAGAAGGCUGCAGCACCGGAGAUCCCUAUCCCCGAAGAUUUAGUAGUAUCAUUACCCAUAUCGCUCGCGACGGUGAUAAAAGUCCAGAAGAAGAUUGAGGAUACUCUCGACACCUUCAUCCCGCUGUCAAUAUUCGUAGCGAGGGCCACGGAAGUAGCUAAUGACGAACUACCCUUACCAUCGAACUAUAAGCCAUCAGCUGACGAGCUGUUUAAUCAAGUCCUGGGACUGGACAAGGUUAGUCAGAAAGGUUCUCGCGGCCAUUACCUGCCUCAAAUUUCUGCUUUUCCUUCGCCGUCCGUCACUGGCGUCGCACAUAAGCCCAAGAAGCAAGUUGACAUUAUCGAUUUCCUCGCUGGCUCGGUGAAACCGUCCACGCCGAAGCGGCGAGAGACCGGUCCGCACGGCGGGAUCUCGACUGGUUCUAAUAUUUUCAGUCUCACCGUGCCAAAGACCGAGGAGAAGAGAGCUAAGGUCUUCCUGCAAAGAGUCAAGACGGUGCUAGAAGGAGAGCCAGGCAGACUCGUUUUAUGAAUUUACCUAAAAGAAAGAAGAAAAAAGAAAGAAAGAAAUGUUGGAGCAAGAGAUACUACUGUAACUAUAGGACCUGUAAUGUUGUCACGCAAGCACUGAUAGAACUAUAUUAUUAGCAUUUGAUUGUUUAUUGUGCCUUUGGCAUCCUAUGCCUGGUGGGUAUUCCGGGGGUUUUGACUUGUGGAUAUGAGCUAAACGAAGUUUGUUCUGUAUGAAUUCCCCUUAUUAUUUCUCGUUAUGGCCAUACAUAAAUGUCUUGUACGGUAAUCGUAAGUGAACCCCUAUUCCGACAAGGAACAAGUACCAUGGACUCAGGAGCGUCUCAGAAUCCACUAAAUUAUAUCAACUACACUACAUACAAAAUGAUUAUACCUCCGGGGGGGUUAAAUCUUAUUC